AAAACACAAAUGUAAAAUCUCAUCAGGUUCAUUUCUUCAUCCCUAAAAUCUUCCUUGAUAUUUUUCAUUACAUUCCAUUCCAUUCCAUUCAUCAUAUAUAAAAACUUCGUAUUUCAAUUUGCCGAGGUUUUUAAUUAAUGGAAUGGAAUGGAUCGUUUCUGACAACAGAAUGAACGCAAAAUAUGUUCGAAUUGUGUUUCUACAUCAAUCCAAAAUAUGAAACUUUCAUUUUUUAAUUGAUUAUUUAUUACGUUCAUAUAUUUAUAUAUAUAUAUAUAUAUAUCUUUCUAAAUUAUAGAAAGAUUAUAAAAAUUAUGGGACGAAGUAAGUUGCCAUUGUUGAAGAUUGAGAGUUUGACAAACAGACAAGUUACAUUUAGCAAGAGAAGAAAUGGAAUCCUCAAAAAAGUUUAUGAAUUAUCAGUUUUAUGUGAUGUGGAUGUUGCAAUCAUCAUGUUUUCUCCUUCUGGUCGUCUCACACAUUAUUCACGUAAAAGAAGAAUUGAAGAUGUUCUCUCGGAACUCAUCAGUCUCCCCGAUAGUGAAAGAGGAUUCUAUAUCAGCAAUAAAGAGUCUGUACUUUGGAACCUAAGGAAGAUUGAAAUUGAAGAUAAAUUCUGCGAUAUUGAAAGGAUAAAUCCUGCAUACAUCAACGCAAAUGACAUGACAAAGAAAAUUCAAGAGGAAAUCAAUGGCUUACAUUGUAAACUCGACGAGGCUGAGGGAUUACUAAGAAUAUUUGAACCAGAUACACAGAGAAUUACAUCACUCCAUGAGCUUGAUUUGUGUGAAAAACGUCUUCAAGUUGCCCUGAACCAAGUUAGACAAAGAAUGGACCAACUCUCGAGCAAUCAUACAUCAAGUUAUGAAGAUAAUGUGGAGCAAAUAAAUGCACUCCUCCAACACAUGGAUAACACACAAGUUGAGGAAACAAAUCCCUCAUUGGAGAAACACCCCUAUGACUUAUGGCUAGACCUUGAAGAUUAUAAUUACCAAUAUACUUAUGAGAACAACAAUAAUAGUCCUUUCUAUGCUGCCUCAGAAACAUCUUCUCUUUCUCAAAGCUCUAUGAACAUUCCAUCCUCAACUGUUUAUGAUGCAAUGUCCCAAACAACAAGUAUAAGUUGCGACACUUAUCAUAAAGAAGGGACCUUUAAUUCUCAGCAAUCACAACACCCAACCAGGACUUUACCAACUCUCACUUUACAAACUUCAUUCAAAUUUGUCAAUCCUGCAAUGUCCCAAACAAGCGCAGAAGGAAGUUUUAGCUCCCUAACUGAUGAAAACUUUAGGCAAUCACAAUGUUCAAAUAGGGUCUUCCCAGCUAUCACUCCAUUACAAACUUCAUUCUCUUUUGCCAAGGCUGAAAUGGAAACUCCAACUUCAGCACUACGACCAUUGGCACCAUAUCUACAGGCUGAAGCAGUACCAUCUUCUAGCCAGCAACAAUUAUCUUCUUGUAGUAAUGAAGAAGGGAAUCGUGAAAUCUCUUGGUUUCAGCCUAAAAUGAAAAAAUCCAAGCAUCAGCAUUCAGUUUGACUAAAUAUAUAUAUAUGUUGCAAACAUACAAACAUAUACAUAUAUACAUACAUAUGGAGCUGUACAAAAGAAAAUACAUAUAUAUGGAGUUGAAAUUUCUUAAAAAUGUGUAAUGUUUAUACUAAGUUCAUAUUAUUUGUUACUACAAAAGAUUAGUUAAAUGUAAUGAUACUAUGUCCUCUUACUUAAAACCAUAGAUCCAACUGUGGAUGCAAGACAAUUUACUACUAAAUUGUUAAGAAUAGCAAAUAGCAGGCUAA